UAUGUCGUUUCUCUUCCUCUCACUACCAUGACUCCCGUUCGACUCCGUCACCCUAAAGGCACAUCCACCAUAUCCGUCCCUUUCGACGACGAAUCCUACACCGUUCAGGACCUCCAGCAAGAAAUACGAAAGCUUACCGACAUCCUUCCGUCCCGUCAAAUAUUGAAGCACGGGUAUCCACCCCAGAGUCUAGCAUUGAUUGGAGAAUUACCGAUUUCUAGUCUGGGGCUCACCCGUGGCGAUCAGCUUAUUGUCAGUGAAGAACCGGGACAUGCACCCGAUCCACCGCGGCCAUCCCCAUCAGCGAAUCUUGCGUUUCGACCAGCAACGUCUGCCAGAAUUGCAUCUAUUCCUGCAAUACCUGCGUCAUCAUUAGCUGCUGCAAACACUUCAGAACACGUACCGACAGAGGGAGGCGUUCUUAUACAUCGUGUCGUUCCCGAUGAUAACUCCUGUCUGUUUUCUUCAGUUGCUCUUAUUUUUGAGCAAGACAUCGCCAAAGCUCCCCAAAUGCGGCAAAUCGUCGCCGCUGGUAUUCGAGCAGAUGGGGACACCUACAAUGAUGCCAUUCUAGGACAGCCUCCUGCCGAUUAUAUAUCCAAGAUUCUCAAACCCUCAACGUGGGGAGGUGCCAUUGAGUUAGGCAUCCUUGCAGCCCAUUAUAAAACAGAGAUAUGCUCUAUCGAUGUAGAGACCGGCCGAGUCGAUCAUUUUCCUCCAGGCCCGCAUGGUAGCGGAAUGAGGUGCAUACUCAUUUACUCAGGAAUUCACUACGACGCAGUGACUUUGGCACCCAUGUUGGAGGCACCGACUGAAUGGCAUCAGACCGUGUUUUCCGUGUCAAGUGCAGAUGACUCCGAUAGUAUAUUGGUUGCUGCCAAAAAGUUGACAGAUUCUUUGCGGGCAAAAAAGGCCUUUACCAAUACGUCUACCUUUGACCUGAAGUGCGAACAAUGUGGCCAAGGUUUAAAAGGUGAGAAAGGCGCUCGGGCUCAUGCAGAAGAGACCGGACAUGUACGAUUUGGAGAAUAUUAAACAAAUUUAUGGCACCUUUACUGUUGUCAGAAGCCCGUCGCUCGGAAGGAAGCUUGGGAACACGCAUUUCUCGUGGUCUCUUCCAAAGAAACAACUUUAUACUGGUAUGUAAGGAUGGAUGCAUGAAUUGGAC